AUGCAGCGUGAUCACGAGCUGGAGGCCGUGACGAACGUAACGCUGAGCAAUGCCCUGAAGCAGCUGGCGAGUCUCGUGCUCAUCGCCAAUGACAUCUUCACGGAGCUCAACAGCCAGCUGCAGGGCGUGAGUGAGCGCUCACGAGGCAUCAAGCAGCGCAUCGAUGUCCUGCAGCAGCGCGUGGAGGAGUUUGACCCCAAGAUGGUCGCAGUUCCUGAGGGUGACUUGGCGACAUUCGUGCACAUCAAGAACCACUUCAAGUCGACCGAGACCUUCGCCACGGCCCUCUUCACACCCGCCACUCGUUCGGAUGCCGUGAGAAAUCUCUACGAGGCCGCCGCCAAGACGCCCGUCUGCGUGAUGCGCGAGAUGGACCGAUUGCUUGGUCAGGAUGAGCGACGAGCCUCCGUGGCGGAGAUCUUCAUGUGCACUCCCGUUCUGGGCCAAACGAGACGUCGCAUGAGGUGUAAUAUUGACGUGGAGAUUGAAACAAGAAUGCCGGCUGCAAUUGACGACCUGAGGAAGUGGACAUCACUGGAGGCUAUUGGAGAUAUCACGGUGACGCCGGAUUGUGUGCCACGUGUGGGAUUCGCUGGACAGCUGAACUCCACGGACGCCUCGGGCGGACAUCCGGCCGUGGUGGUGACUCCCUGCACGCCACCAUCAGGCGACGAGGAUGAGCCAGACGACAUCACGGUCAUCAGCGGCUCGCGCGUCCACGACACUCUGUCCGCCACGCCAGACGACAUGCCGCUGGACCACAGAUUGCCAUCGCCAGAGGAACAGUGCCAGAUUCUUGCCCUCAAAUUCCCAGCGGAAGUCGUGUCGGUGGACAUUUCAGGGAAGCGCUUCGACCGAAUGUGCCACACGCGAAAGUCCCUCUUGCACACCCACACCGCGGGCUCGGCGUCAGAGAGUGGCGUCAGUUCCCCGCCGUCAGACUGUGUCGACAACCAGACUGUGAAGCGACGCUCGCGACCGAAGAAACCGCGCGGAAAGCGGCGAAAUACUCUGGCCGGCACUGACCAGAAGGAGAUCCAGGAAGCUGCCAAUGGGGAACCGGAAACUGUGGUGGCGCCGGACGACUUGGAGGAUCUGCUGACAGUUGUGUCGAGAAGUAAGUCGAGCGACAUCCUCAAGAGAGACCCAUUCACCGUGGAUUCUGGCCGCACCUUGUCCACCCACUUCAAUUCGCUGAAGCAAUGGGGCAUGAAUCGAUUGCGAAUGAUGAAUCGCAACAGCAGCGAGGACAGAAGAGAAGCCCAGAGCGGUGCCAAGUCUUCAGACAUUGACGACUUCAAUGUCCACGAGAGCAUUGGCAUUCGCAGUCGCCGCAAGAUGGGCGAGAAGGAGCGGAGGCUUUCGCAUGAGCGAAAGCCCUCGUACUCCUCGUCGGAGAAGAGCAUCUCCAUCGCAUCCCCAGCUAGUAUAAAUCCUGUUAAGCUGCGUGAGUCCUCGUCGAUUCGACGACAGAGGCGAAUUGGAAUGGCCACAAGAGAGGAGCCGAACUCCUCCAGUGGAAAUUGGAGUGCGAGCUCCGAAUCGGGACGCACUUCGAUCGGGAGUGAGAUCACAGCUCAGCCCAAAUCGAGUGCUUCCAGCAAUAGUCUCAACCACAACCAUCAUCCAGGUAGUGGUCCGCCCAGUUCCAUCAUCAGCCGAAGGCGAUUCCUCAACACCAGCGCUUCGAGCAGUGUGACCAGCGAAGGCACUGCAACGCCAGAUCUGCAGGUGCACGAGAUGUUCUACGAUGAUGGAGAGACAAGUUCGGCUUACUCAUGCGACACCGAGGGCUAUUACACAUCCUUCCACGUUGAUUCGGGAUUGAAAACUCUCAAGGAGGAAGAACCAGUGACACCUUUGCACACCUCUUCAGCCCUUUCGUCCACAAAUUCGUUCUCCAGUUCUGGCAAUCAGACCGUUCUUUCGGCAGAGAAUGAAUACGAAUUGUUCGGGAAGGGAUCAACAUCGACAACAACCAGUUCGGCUGGAACUGUCUGCACAACUCUCAAGGCUGCCGGAAGCGAUCGGAGCCUGAUCGUGGGCCCCACUGUUCCAGAGCGCAAGAGUUCGCUGACGAAGCUGCACAGGAGCAGCAGCACAAACAGUGGAGGCACUCUCGAGAGGAGCUAUUCCAGCAGCACUGUGGGCAGCACGUUGGAGAGAACGGGCACUAUCAAGAGGAAUGGUGUGCUGCUGCAGAAGGAAGUGGCUGCCAUUGUGCAUCAGCAUCAGCAGGAGCAUCAGAAGGAAACUAGGACAGAUUCUCCGGAUAGUGGGAACAACACUAGUUCCUCACCAGUUGAAUCCAAUGCCAAUUCCAGCCCAACUCAAGGAGUGCGCAGCUACUCUGAAUUUGAGUACUCAGAGUCAUCAGAUUUGGAAGGCGUUGAUCGCAUUGAGCGGAUCAGAAACAAGACAACGAUUAACUCCAGCAGGAUUCCGUCAAUGUGCGUAAUUACUCCGACGAACAGUGACGAUGAGUACCAAACGGUUAUCGCCAAGAAGGUGGGAUCAAUUGGCCAAAGGCAGAAACUUGAGGUACCUUUGCAGGAGACGGACUUGGAUUCGUUGGAAUUCAACACAGCCAGCGAGAAGGCUAAUAGCGAUAAAAUGCAGAUCAUCACUGUUAAUCAGACAACGGGUUACGCCACCGUCCAGACCGUAGAAACGCCUAAGGUGAGCGCCCCUGCUCUGAAGCCCGUGGAGCUGAAGAAGGAGGUGCAGUAUGUGAAGAAGACCACUCUGUUGCCACUGAACACGAUGCUGGGCAAGCUGAAGGGGGUUCUGCCCACCCUGUCGAAGCUCAAGAGUCCGCAGAAAGACACCCAGGAGGAGUCUGGCAUGGAGUCGCCGCCGGAGCCCGACACAGCCGGAGAGUACGUGACGAUAGCGGACGUGAAGAAUAACAACAAGACCCCCAGCGGGGGUGUCUACUACUCCAACGACGUGGUGAAGAGGAACUUGGCAACGGUUCUAUCGGGCAACCUGGCGGAGGAGACGGAGUAUGUGUCUCUGAAUGAGUUGCCAGCCAGCAUGCGAUGCGAGAGCAAUCUGUUGUCGCCCAGCAUCGAGAGUGGCACGUCCGAGAAGAAAAUCGAUACGGAGACGGAGAAUCGAAGGGGCGCGCGCGUCAUGCUGGAUGCGCAAGGGAAAGUUGUGUACAGUUCAGACAGUCUGAAGCGACGGAAGGGUGCACACACGACAUUUGCGCCAGGCCCGUGUGUCAAAGACAUCAGCCAGGGGAGCCCCACGAGUGGGCCAACGCCACCCCCGGGUGGUCCGUCCCACCGCCAGCCCACCGUUGUGCGCCCCGUGCCCAUCAUCAAUCCCGCCCGAAAGUUCGCGAGUGAAAAUCAGGCCAGCGCGGCCAAUGAACCCCUGAAGGAGGAGGCCACCCACGCGAAUCAGGAAGCCAAGGCCCCGAUGCUCCCAAUUGGGUCACUCGACAUGGGCGCUUAUGUGAAUCUCCAGUGCGAGGAGGACACAUACUUGCCGCCCCCGCCGCCGCUACUCGCGUCCAGUCCAGGCUAUCCACAUUCGUACCAUGACGACGCUCGGACCCACCUCGCCACGCUGCCACGUGCGCCGAUAGCGUGUGCGCCGCCGCCCGCCGCCUACGAGAGCGCCGGCUCGCCGUUCUGGACGCUGCAAGCGCGGCGGCCGCCAGUCGAGGCGCUCUACUCCACGCCCAACAAGCCGAAGCGGACGCCGCUCAAGACGACGCCGCUGGGCUUCGAGACCUUCUUCUCGCCCGUGAAGGAGUCCACGAGCCUCCGCGAGAGCCCCACAGAGUCGCCCAUCGAUCCGCGAAGUGGCGGCAGCAUGAGGACGUCCACGCCGAGCCGUGGCGACACUUCCACGAAGCCCAACCUCGCGGAUGAGCUGCGCACAAAGCUAAGGAUCCACGAGGGAGUGCGAUCCAGCGGGAACAGCCCCUCCAGCUCCGGUCGGUCCACGCCACGCGGCAUCUUGGAGCCGCAGCAGAGCCGCGGUCGGCACAGCUGGGCGUCGGACGCCGUGGAGAUUCCACAAACUUGCUCAGACCGCAUGGGAGCGCCCAAAACCAGCCUGAUGGACUUCAAGAGGCUGCUGCUGGCGAAGGCUGGCAAGGGCAGCGCUAUCACGAAGCCGUCAGCUGUGGAGCAGUUGCUAAAGAAGCCCAAGCCCGAGCCGAGCCCAGUGAAGCCGGCGCUCAACUCGAGCCUCAAAAUCCAGGAUCUGAGCGGAUCGCCCAAGACCUUCGCGAGUCGACGCAUGAUUCGUCAAGGCAACUUUGGCGGAUCGCCGGCCAAGCACAUGUCGCCGCGUGCCAAUUGGCGGCUGAACAGUGCCAAGAAGCACGACGUGAUGUCCACGUCGAUCCCCGAAGCCAAUAGUGAGGAGGACAAUUCUUCCAGCCCAGGAAACUCGACGCGGCGCAGCUCAAUCGCGUCCGACGUGACGCCACCGGUGGAUAUCAAGACGGAGACGAAGAAUGUGGUGGAGGAGAUUGUGAAGAUGAAGGACAACAUCUUCCUGAAGGCGGAGGAGAACAACUUCAUGAAGCACGAGAUGCAGAAGACGCCCACCUACGCAUCCAACCGGAGUCAAUUGCAAGCCCAGCGGGCGCAGUUCCUGCUCGGGCUGAGCCCGGCGGCGCCCAAGGAGAAGCGCAGCUCCCCGGAGCCCGCCAAGGGCACGCCGUCCCUCGAGACGGCACUCUGAUGCGACUCGCAGGCGCCCAGAUUCAUCGCAAUAACUUAGUAGACUGUUUUAGGAUAUUAAUUUGAUCGGAUCGCGCGAAUAACGAAUCCCUAUCGACCUACUUUGUUGCAUCCUCUUUUCCUGAUAGGAUAAGGAGUCUAUUUGAGAGAUGAUAUGCAUUUUAACAUAUGACAGUCCUAUGUAGAUUUAUAUACAUAUAUAUAACUUAUUUGUAAUUUAUGAAAUUGACGGAAUUUUUUAAAUCGACCAUCACAUUCGAAUCACCAGCCAACAUGGAGAACAAACUGCCACAAUUUUAAACAGAGACACGUGUCGUUCCGCGACAUAGCCUUAUUUUUGUAAUAAUCUAACUUUACAAACUAAAAACACAGUCAAUACUGCUGAAUGCUUCAUAGACCAAGAUAUUCACUUUCUUUUCUGAGGCUUUGAGGAGACGAAUGGGUAAUUUUUAGGCGAUAGACAGACGAUGCUUCACGAGGAAGGAAGGAAAAUAAUUUGCAAAGGUUGCAACCUCUUGAAUUUGUCACUUUAUUGCUAAAUUUUAAAAUCGAAUUUAUCAUGCAUUUUAUUUAAGUCUCUAUACAAUCAAUAUUGUGCCAAAUUCGAUUGUGAUUCCAGAAGAUUUUCCUUAUCUGUCUAUCAUCUAAAAAGGCGUCACAUUUGCAGUUAAAUGCGUAAUGAGAAUUGAAAUUUAGAUAUAUAAAUAAUGGAAAAUAUCACAUUUUUAUCCAUGUUUUAUCAGAGUCUAGCUAAUCGUCGAGAAAAUCUACUGUAGAGACGCUUUUGUAAUUGUUUCUUAUUUAUUAACAUUGUUGUAUGACUUUCUUGCAUAAAUCGAGCAAAAAUGUAAUUGUAUCUUCAAAAAAAUAUACACUAUC